AUGGAAUUUGUCAAGGCAGCAUGCGAGAAAGAAGAAGUUAGAUGUGAUUCUUCUGUUUCCUGGACUGGUUUGCCAGCCAAGAGAGUACCCCAACCUGUCCCAGAUCCUGAAAGACCAUUUCAUUACAUGCUUGUGGCAGUAACGCCAUCAUGCACAGACAGUGGUGAUGCAAGACACGUAGAUGAUUGGCAACCAAGAGCUAACAUUGCAAAAUUAUUCCAGGAUGACAAGAUUUCAUUGCAAAAACAAGAUGAGAUCACAAACUUUUCUGAAAAAUUCUAUGUCAAAAGAGAAUAUGUGGUCGCAUCUAUAGAACAUUUAGCAACUUGCAAUCAGUAAAGAAGAUUCGAGCAAGGACAAGAGCGGAAGAGCAGAAUCAAAGGAAAGAAAAGAAGUCUGAAGAAUAUGACUGGCUCAAACUGGUAUUACAAGGCAAAAUUGAUAAGUUGACGGUUCAAGAAUUGGACAAGUACAUUAACAAACACAACUUGAGCAAGAAAGGCAAGCAAAAGGAUAAAUUGAGUGCAAUCACAGCAGAUGUAUUACGGAAGAGUCUUGCCAGGUCUACUGAACACGCUUUGGAGCAGCUACACAUAGACCAGAGGAGCAGUGACAGUGAUGGAGAAAGUGAGAGGAUCUUGCUUUGGAAGAGUUUGGGUCAGAUAAUGAGACUGGAGAUGAAUCUAAAG